UUUCAUGUAAAUAUCUGCAAUUUUCCUCAUAUUGACACUAUCCUGUUCUUGAAUAUUCAUUGCAUAUCUUCUUUUUUUCAUUAUUUUCUUAAUUUUCAUCUUUUUUUUCAUGUAAAAAUCUGCAAUUUUCUCCAAAUCUGCAAUUCCCAUUCUAAAACUAAUUGCAUAUAUUCGUCUUUAUUCUCUUUCUUGCACCUUCUUCAAUACUAUUUUCUUAUUCAUUAUCAUUCUUUUAUGUGUCCUCAUCUCUUUCUAAAUUAUUUUUCUCACUUUUUUCAUCUUCAUCAUUAUAUCUUUUUUUAGAUUAAUAGUUUCUUUAAUCAACUUCUUCUUCUUAAUUUUCAUGUAAAAAUCUACAUCUAUCUCCAUAUUUACAAAAACCUUAUUUCUUAAAAUCAAUACAUGCUUUUUAGCCCCUUUUAGAUAUAGUUCUUUAUUAGUUGCUUGAAACAUCAGAUUAAUUUUAAUCUGAAACUUAAUCAGAGUUAUUAUUAUAAUUUUCUUCAUGUAAAAACCUGCAUUUAUCACCAUACGAACAAUUACCAUAUUAAAAAUCAUUGCAAACUUUUUGUUUUUAUUUAAAAGGAUUCCUUUGUAUUUAAUUAGGAUUUUAAUGCGAAAA